AUGUCCUUCCGCAAGCGUAACGUAGGCCUUACUGGCUCUGCGGGAGCGGAUGGGACAGCCCAGACUCCCCCGGCCCCCCAGACACCCCCAAAGGAACGGGUCCCGCUGCCGGGAGUACGGCCAUCGCCUCUAGACGGGCGACCAACAACGUCCACUGGUACAGCCAGCCUCGAUGCCCUACUUGCCGGACACUCCGGCCUCGCCCUCGGCAGCUCCAUCUUAAUCGAAGAGAGCGGCACUACAGACUAUGCCGGCGCGCUGCUGAGAUUCUUUGCCGCAGAAGGGCUACUGCAAGGGCAUCAUGUCCACGUCGUUGGCCUGCCGGAACAUUGGGGCCGAGAGCUUCCCGGCGCCGUUGGAGAGUCCGAACAAAAAGAGAAGCCGGCCGAGCACACGGAAAAGAUGAAGAUUGCGUGGAGAUAUGAGAGUCUAGGCCAAUUCGGCGCAGGCACGAACACAAGAGAACGGCAACAGACAAUACCAAAGCAAACAGCCCAGAACACAGAACCGGGACAAGCCAUAUCAGUGCCAUUCCGUCAUACGUUUGAUCUAACAAAGCGACUUGUCCAUCCAGCUUCCUCCAAGUUGGAUUUUGUCCAGCUGGGGAUGAAUCCCUCACAAUCACCAUACAUCCCGGUGCUUGAGCAUCUCCAAACCUCUCUAACAAGGUCGACGACCGAUACAAUCCACCGUAUCAUCAUUCCGUCCAUCCUGUCGCCAGCUCUCUAUCCGCCACAGUCCAGUCAACCACAGUAUAUUCUGCAUUUCUUGCAUGGCAUACGCUCUCUUUUGGCCGCAUACCCUGACCGGAUGAUAGCAAUCAUAUCACUUCCAUUGUCUCUAUACCCUCGGUCGUCUGGGCUUGUCAGGUGGGUAGAGCUGCUUAACGAUGGCGUUCUUGAGCUGUCUCCCUUCCCGCACUCAGCAGAUGGAGAUACCCAGGUCUCUCGUGGCCCUGCCGGGACAACGGAAGAGCCUCCUCAAGGUCUCCUCCAAGUUCACCGAUUGCCAAUAUUGCAUGACCGUGGGAGCGGCACCGGCAUAUCGGAAACCGACUGGACCUUCACCCUGAGCAGAAGGAAGUUCACCAUCCGGCCGUUCAACCUCCCGCCGAUUGAGGGUGAUACAGAAGCUCAGCAAGCAUCAGCGGACCUCAAAGGGAAGAAAUCCGACAUGGAAUUCUGA